AUGCAAAACUACAACAUACGGUUUGAAAGGGGGAUUUCUCUUCACGAAGUUCUUGCUAUAUUAGAGGAAGAUGAUACAAAUGAAACUAGAGUUGAAGAAGUGUGUAUUUUUCCACCAAAUAAUGCAACGGGUGAUUUGACAGAUGAAGACUCUGGGGAUGAAGAUUAUAUGCAGAUGGAUAACCUCCCAGCUUCACAACUACAGGCCCCAGCAGAAGUUGUAUUUGAAAGAAAAAAUGACGAGAGUACUUCUUCAGAAGACUCGGAUGAUGACUUACCACUGAGCCUACUACAAAAGCAAGAGAAUGUUCGCAAAUGCAAUGUGAAAAGGCAAAAGAAAUACAAUUGGGUAAAAGAAGAUUUGGCGGUUAUUGCAACAGAUUUCGAAGAUUCUGAAGUUUUAGUGAACACCGAAAAUCCGCUGGAACUUUUUUCAAAGUUCUUUGAUGAUGAAGUGAUAGAACUUAUUUUGUCUGAGAGUAACAAGUACGCGCAACAAAAAAAUGUUAACGCAAUCCUUGAAAAGCGUGAGAUUUUGGCAUUCAUUGGAGUUUUGAUUCUAAGCGGAUAUAUACAGGUUCCAAGAAGAAAAAUGUUCUGGGAACGCGAAAAAGACUGCCACAAUGACUUGGUCUCAGAAGCAAUUUCGAGGGACAGAUUUGAUUUGAUUUUUUCAAAUUUUCACGUGUGCGACAAUCAACACUUGAACAUCGAUGACAAGUUUGCAAAAGUAAGGCCUCUGUUUCGUCUGCUGAAUAAAAAAUUCAUGGAGAACUCACCAGUCGAAGAAAUGCAUUCCGUUGACGAGGCCAUGGUACCGUACUAUGGCCGUCAUGGCUGUAAACAGUACAUCCAUGGAAAACCUAUUCGUUACGGAUAUAAGUUGUGGGUCGGUGCCACCCGAUUGGGCUAUUUGAACUGGUUUGAACCAUAUCAGGGUGCGUCAACAAACAUAAGCAAAGACUACGCUGAUUUUGGUGUUGGUGGUGGAGUAGUGCUAGAAUAUGCACAAGCCUUACGUGCCAAGUGGCCAAACCGGAACUUCCAUCUCUUUUUUGAUAAUUUUUUCAGUUCGAUUCCUUUGAUCGAAAAACUAACUGAAUGGAACCUGUAUUCAACAGGAACAAUAAGAGAAAACCGGUUAAAAGACAUUUCUCUAACAGAUUCGAAGCAUAUGAAAAAAGAUAAGAGGGGAAAGUAUGACUAUGCAAAAAUCUCUGAUCAAAAUAUAAUAGCAGUGAAGUGGCAUGACAAUAAUAUGGUCUGCCUUAUUUCUAAUUUUGCUGGACUAGCACCGAUCCAUGCUGUAAAACGUUAUUCACGACAGCAAAAAAAGAAUAUUCAAGUUGAGCAGCCACACCUCAUAAACAUGUACAAUGCCAACAUGGGAGGAGUAGAUCGUUCAGAUCAGAAUAUCAGCCUGUAUAGAAUUUCCAUCCGAGGCAAAAAGUGGUAUAACUGUUUGCUGGGUCACUGUAUUGACAUGGCUAUACAAAAUGCAUGGCAGUUGCAGCGCAAACAAGGUGGAAACCUGGAUCAGCUGAAAUUUAGAAGGUUUUUACAGAAAAAAGUACGAACGGGAAAAAUAACAAAACAACAAAAAUCCAAACUGUUGGAACUAAUGAGGGCUAACACCCGUGUAGCCAGUGGCCAAUUUGUGGGCGUCAGUGGCGCAAAAAAUUCCCAACAAGUGUGGGACAUGGUGAGGGGGGAGCUAAAUGCAUGCGGAGGUGCAUGCAAGACCGCUGAACAGUGGAAGAAGUGUUGGUCGGACUGGAAGGUUGCAGUGAAGAAGCAACAAAGUGCCUACAACAGAUUCAAAAAUUUGACCGGCAACCGUCCUGCCAGUGAAGGACCGAAACCAUGUGAAGGUUUGGAUGCGGAGGUAUUGGAGUUAUUUCCAGCAGCAGUCCUUGAUGGAGAUGGUAAAACAAUUGAAGCCGGAGUCCAUGAGGAGAACGUGGAUGAGACACUCGAAGACGAGUACUUGGCUGAAUAUCUCAUCGAAGACGAA